UAUCGACGUAAUCUGCACUGAAAUGACGUAAAGAGAAUUUGUUUAUUAUUUAUUGUUGAUGUGAUUUAAUAUUAAAAAAAAAAGAAAUGGAUAACGCAGCUCGUAUUGUAUACGUGUGUAGCCUGUGUCUUCGUCAAUAUGAUCUCUUAGAAGACUUGCGGGGUCACAUGGUCUAUUUCCAUGGAUGUGUGCCAGCUGCUAUGUUGACCGCCAGAUCCCGAACAAGCACCAGAAGUAGUAACCCCAAUAAUCUGCCGCCCCAUGAAUCUCGGCCAGAGCCCUUGGUGCCACCACCACCACCACCACCUUCUACAACUGAGAUGCAGCCCAUGCCAUUUAAGGAUUUUCGAGUUGUCCUUCGAGCGAAUAUGCGUGUGCCAUGUUCAACCGGUCAGAAUUGCGGUUUCAAGUUCGAAAAUGAAGAGCGCAUGGAACUGCAUGUCAAGUGCCAUAAGGAGAACAAUUUCCUUUGCAGCGAGUGCGGCCUAGAGUUGGCCAACUGGCGACGUUGUUCCGCACAUUUGUGGAAAGCCCAUCAAAUCGAUGUAGAUCUAUUGCAAUGUCCAGCUCUGGGCUGUGGGUACAAAUCUCCAGUAUCAGCUCUCGUUUGGCGUCACAUGCGAGUCCAUAAGAAGUGGCGUGCCAGAGUCCUACGAUCGCUUGCCGCUGUUCAGCGACAACGAAAACUAAAAGAGCAGCAGGCAAAUGAAACAGCUUCAGCUGAUCAAUCGGCCGGUCCCAGUUCGACAAACAAAAAGAACAAAUACUAUGCGGAGAAGACUUGUGAGAUCUGUAGUCGAAAAUUCGUAAACGGCAAAACGCUCUCGAAGCACGUCAAGACUGUGCACAACAAGAUAAAGCCGUUCAUAUGCAAUGUCUGCGGCAAGAAAACGGCUCGCAAGGCCAGCCUAAUUAUACACAUGCGUCAGCAUACGGGCGAGAAGCCGCUGCAUUGCGAGCAAUGCAAAUUCUCGACCCGGGAUCCCAGUGUCCUGCACAAGCAUCGACAGCGUCACGGUAGCAGCAGUGGCGCCCAACCAUCAAUUUCACUCAAGUGCAGUCAGUGCGAUUAUAGCUGCAUUCAGGCCAAUGCCCUGAAACGUCACAUGAGGCUAAAUCAUGUCCAGGCCUACAGUGAAUUGUGUUGUGAUCUCUGCAAUUAUACGUCGAUCAAUGCGGAACGCUUACUGGCCCACAAGCAAGAUCAUCGCAAGGGUUUGAUCACCAAUUGUGAAGACUCUAUGGAUGCAACUCGUUCGACUGGCUUCAAAUAUCCGGCCAAGUUAAGCGAUAAGAACAAUGAGGUGUCGGCUGACUGUUUCAUGCCACUGGAGAGCAUUGAUUCCCUGUCCUUGCCACACGAGCCAGCUGUGGACACAGGCGGUGUAACCAUACCGGCUCCACCCUCAGAGGAUACACAAUUUCCCACAUAUUUAAAAGACUGAAAAUUCGUUUUGUUACUGUGUUAUUAUGAAACUGAUUAUGAUUAUGAUACUAA